CGUCCAUAUAGUGUUUUAAUUUGAAGUGGAAAAAUAAGAAAAUGGCGAAAGAGCUAGGCGAAGUGAAAUAUGAUCCCAACACGGAGGCGUUCCAGAUGCGAGCCCAAUGGAAAAAGGUUGAUAUAUGUCGCAAGCAGUGGUUCGACCGAUGGAGCUGGCUCCUAGACGAGCGAAAACAAGCAUUACAGGAAUCGGAUGCCAUUCGGCAGGAGGCCGCCGACGCUCUACCACAUGUGAUGGCCAAAGCUGAAACUACAAAGUCAUUAAAACCUGUACCUAUCACAUCAACUGGCGUUAUCGGAUGGCUCGCUGCCAAACCAGAUUGUCAAUUAGAAAUUUACACUUCCUGGAUCGCCAAGAUACCGAUUCGACUCCCAGACACGUGGGAUGACAAGAACUACCUCGGCUAGAAUUAUUAAACCGUUUCAUAUUACGACAUUGAC